ACAUCGCACUUUACACCGUGUAUCAAGAGCAAGGACGCGACAAUGGUGGAUACCAGUCGGUGGCCUAGCAGAAUGACAAUGUCACGGCGAGUGUCAGUGCUGGUGACCUGGGUGUGGCUGUGUGGCAGCGGGGUGUCUUCCCUCACGCCCUUCUGUACUGGGGGUCCAGGUACCAUGCCAAGCCCGUCAGACCCUCCUCUGCCGGACAUGUCGUUCCAGUCGUUCCAGGCACACGUGGAGGUCAACUUGAUGGACAAAGGCUACACAAUGGACGCCGAACAAUAUCUCGACUUCGACGGCAACAACGGCUUAAUAAAAUUUUUUGCAAACGGCAUGGAGUCCCGUUCCAUCUACAGCUAUAAUACCGGCGAGAUUUUUAAAAUUGACUCAGAGUCACAUUGUCAGGUCGUGAAUCUCACAACGUCAUAUGAAAUGAAUCUGUUUGGUGAUGACUUCGCGGAUGGGCGGAGCCAUAUACCACCAGCUGCAGAAGCUCUUCGAUUCGGGUCUCAAAGAGGACCGGUGUUCAAAGGCUACAGCACCACCCGUGGUCUCCCCACCCUACACUGGCAGACGUGUAUGUUCUGGGCCACAACCAACACCAACUUCACCCUUGACCACUACUUCACAGCCUCUAACUGGUCCACGUCAUCAACUCACGUGAUGGUUCCGGUUAGGAUCGAAAUGCAAGGGGAACAGACCUUCACUAACGGCUCCACCCCGAGGACGUUCCACCACGUCUACGACUACUUUGACUUCAGGGCCGACUCCGACGUUGAUUCGUCUGUAUUUCAGACGCCCAACAAUGUGGAGUGCCCGGGAAGAGUGAACACAGUGGACUUACCCAUAAUGCCCACAACCUACUAUUACCGCCAGGAAAUCAUUGACGUUGCGGACGAUCUAAUAAUGCAGGCUGAUAUUUGGUACAAUUCUGACAGCAAGUACCUUAGAGUCGACCACAGGCCCACGUCAAUGUCAGAUUCCAUCAACACUCUCAACCCUAUAACUGAGAUACACGACUUCAACUACGGUGUCCGUUAUGUCCGGGAUCAGGUGACAGGUAACUGCUCAGUGCUUCCAUUGGUCAACGGUUCUUUUGACGACAUGAUGAAUACCCCGGCUUACAAACAGAAUGGCUCCUUCACUCUACAAAUGAAGAACCCUCUGCAGUUCUUCUCUCUCAACAGCAACUACACCUUCUCAGGACAGCGGUAUGCACGUGAUGCCCUCUGUGACGUGUACACUUCUGUGAGGUCAGAUUUCAGAGUGCCCAACAGUCCCGGUGUCAAUGCGACCUUCGAAUACUACUUCCUGUCUGAAGGAUGGUCGGACGAUCCCAACGUCGGAUACAGCACAUACCAGACCGGCUUUCCCUUUCGUCUGGAAAUAACGGCUUUGGAUGUGGGCUUUCACGUGGUUUACAACUUCUUGGAUUUUGUGGCAGACAGUCCAUCUCUAAGCGUGUUCGAUAUUUCCGACUGUUUUCCUGACACGAAAAAACUAGGUUUCACAGUUCAGUUCCAACUCCUGGGCGAAGCACCCAAACAGUUCAACCGGGACAAGGAGGACUUUCUGAUCCUGAAGUCACACCUGACUUUCAUGGGGGCCAUGGACGUCAACCCCAUCCGAAUAGGGCGCUUGAGAGUCGAGUACGACAACACCAACGUGUACGUCAGCGCGACGUUGGUGGACCGAACACCCCCAGCUGCACAAUUCACGUACGUUCCAAAGUCGGAGAUCGAAAGGACAGACGACAUGGUGUGGAACAACAUCUCGGAUCCCAUAACAUGUGCCGGCCUGUGUGUUUCUAACGAAGCUAUCGUGUGCCGCAGUUUCGACUUCUGCCCACUAGACGGGUACAAGUGUAAACUAAGCAAGGCUCAUAUUGGAGACGGGGCCUCUGUUCUCAAGCAGAGUGCAUGUGACCAUUUCUCACGCACCGUUAACCCUGAGACUGCACACGAGAAGACGAUCUCAGAAGCCUACGGCGAUAUGGCAGAUCUGGUGUACCAAAACCAGGUUCAGAUCGAUAUACCCGAAGACGAUGGAUCGACCCGGACAUACGGCGCCAUAUAUACAUCCAUUGACUUCGGCUACACGGAUUCAAAGCCGUUGCCCUCGAUGCCUGAGCAGUUUUCCUACAGAAUGGAGAUCGUCAUACCAAAUAAGAAGACCACCACCACUGUAGAUGUUUGGUAUGACUCCAAGUACAAACUGGCUCGGUACGACACCCGCGACGUCACCAGUCCUCCUCCCUUCUACUCACCGUACACGAUGACGUAUGUACACGACUUCAACACGGGUAUCGCCUACAACAUAGACCAGGUACAGGGAAACUGCACAAUCACCCCGAUCAGCGCGGCGACAAUGCAGCCUGAUUUUAAGAAGGACAAGGCUGCGUUCGCCAACAACGGAGCGUUUGUGGUUCAGAUGAAGGGACCCCUGGAGGUGUUUGGACUGAACUACCAAUAUAAGUAUGCCGGGGAGAAAACAGCAAGGGGUAUUCUGUGUGACGUGUUUGAGACAGCGGUACCUGACUUUAAGUUGCCAACCAUGAACAAGACGACGAAGGCUAUCUACCAGUACUACUUCCAGUCGAGUGCGUGGAACAUGGUGGCGGACGGAAGCAAUGACGUCACGAGGGAACAACCCAUCAUGGCACACGUCAUGGCACCUGAGAUUAACCUGUUCAUGGUGUAUAACAUCUACGACUUCGACGACGAGGACCCUGGUAUGUCCGUCUUUGACAUCAAGAACUGCUUCGGCGCCGACCAGCGACACCGUUUCAUGGUCACCUUUAACAAACCCUUUCAUCCCUACCUGGACACUGUACAGACCCUGUUCGAGCGGGAGACUCUCGCCAUGAUGUCCGACGAUACCUUCGCCUCCCCCAUCCGCUUCCAGGAGCCCCAACUCAACUACAACCUGGACAGCGUCUCCAUCACCGUCACACUGCUGGGACAGGCCGAUUACAUACUUCACUUCACGAAGCUACAAGGCCCCCACCCAGCCCACUCUACAUCCAAGACCAUCACCAACAUCAGCUCCCCCGACGACUGCGCUCAAGCCUGCAUGAUGGAGGGCCACUUCAUCUGCAACAGCUUCGACAUCUGCCCCUCCUCCCGAACUUGCCGACUCAGCAGAGAGCACGUGGACGACAGCAUGCAACCGGCUGAAAUUGGAAAUGACAACCAGAUCUGCACACACUAUUCACGGUCUGUGAACGGUUCCAUGGUGGAGCCCGCCAUGCUGCACGUGUACGACACUAUCAAGGAUCUGGUGUACAAGCAGCUGCUGCAGAUCCCAAUCACAUACGGUAGUCAGACGAUCACGUAUAUCGCCACUGGAGUCCGGGAUGACAUCAUGAGGACGAACCCCCCGGGUGUGACUGAAGGAGAGUACUUGAAGAACUUCAAGAUUUACCGAAACAACGUCAUCUACGCCCAUAACGACUUCGUCCUUCACCAGAUGGCCGUUGACGACUGCGCGACGGCGUGUUCCGGAGAAAGCCGCUUCGACUGCGAGUCGUUUGAGUACUGUUACACAACGGGGGACUGCAUGAUGAGUAGGCUCCACCCUGACAACAACCAGAACCUCAUCUCUAACCAUUCCUUCUGCGACCUGUAUGCAAAGAGCUAUUUGUUCGACUUCAACAAGUACCCAGGGCAGGUGCUGCUGACCCCUGCCGACAAGACUCUGGAUUCAGUCAACUCCCCCGACAUGUGCGCCAACAACUGCUCUACCACCACCGACUUUGACUGCAAGAGCUUCGACUACUGCCCCAACCUCAAGUCCUGUCGUCUUCGGAAACAACACAUACUGGAGGUGCCUGACACAUCCGUCGUUGCUUCCCCCAUGUGUGACCACUAUUCCAGAAACUACGUAUACGACUUCAGCAAAUCUAGCAACAGCGUCAUCAGCAGCCAUGACGACCUCGUGGUGGCCGACGUCACAAGAGACGACUGUGCAAAGUUGUGUGUGGAGCAGAGUGGCUUCGAGUGCCAGAGUUUUGAGUUCUGUGGCAACACCACAGACUGUAGAUUGUCCUCCGUCCAACCCAGGAGUAAACCCGUCUCGGUUGUCCAGGACAGGUUCUGUGACUUGUUCACUCGUACGCUUAUAAAGGGCACUACUCCAUACGACCCAAACGCUGCAACCCACUACAAGUACCUCUCCAAGCCACAGGAUGAUUCAGGGGCCAAGGCGGGUCUCGCAGUUGGGAUGCUGAUUCUCGGGGUGCUACUAGGGGUCGCUGCCCUCUUUUUCGUCCUGCGACUCCGGGGAAAGAAGGUGGAUGACAUGAGUGUCCAUUUUGUGAACAAAGAGAAUGAAUAGAGCGUGACACAUAGUGAUCUGUGACUCACUAGUUAAAUGUGUUCAAGUUACCUGUGGCACGACUGUGUUCAGAAUAGUCUGUUGCACACCUGUCACCUGUGUUCAGAUUAAUGUGUUACACACCUGUCACUUGUGUUCAGAUUAAUGUGUUACACACCUGUCACCUGUGUUCAGAUUAAUGUGUUACACACCUGUCACCUGUGUUCAGAUUAAUGUGUUACACACCUGUCACCUGUGUUCAGAUUAAUGUGUUACACACCUGUCACCUGUGUUCAGAUUAAUGUGUUACACACCUGUCACCUGUGUUCAGAUUAAUGUGUUACACACCUGUCACCUGUGUUCAGAUUAAUGUGUUACACACCUGUCACCUGUGUUCAGAUUAAUGUGUUACACACCUGUCACCUGUGUUCAGAUUAAUGUGUUACACACCUGUCACUUGUGUUCAGAUUAAUGUGUUACACACCUGUCACUUGUGUUCAGAUUAAUGUGUUACACACCUGUCACUUGUGUUCAGAUUAAUGUGUUACACACCUGUCACCUGUGUUCAGAUUAAUGUGUUACACACCUGUCACCUGUGUUCAGAUUAAUGUGUUACACACCUGUCACCUGUGUUCAGAUUAAUGUGUUACACACCUGUCACCUGUGUUCAGAUUAAUGUGUUACACACCUGUCACCUGUGUUCAGAUUAAUGUGUUACACACCUGUCACCUGUGUUCAGAUUAAUGUGUUACACACCUGUCACCUGUGUUCAGAUUAAUGUGUUGCACACCUGUCACUUGUGUUCAUAUUAAUGUGUAACACACAUGUCACCUGUGUUCAUUUUAAUGUGUUACACACCUGUCACCUGUGUUCAGAUUAAUGUGUUACACACCUGUCACUUGUGUUCAGAUUAAUGUGUUACACACCUGUCACCUGUGUUCAGAUUAAUGUGUUACACACCUGUCACCUGUGUUCAGAUUAAUGUGUUACACACCUGUCACCUGUGUUCAGAUUAAUGUGUUACACACCUGUCACUUGUGUUCAGAUUAAUGUGUUACACACCUGUCACCUGUGUUCAGAUUAAUGUGUUACACACCUGUCACUUGUGUUCAGACGAGUCUGUUCAACACCUGUUACCUGUGUUCAGAUUAUUGUUACACGCUUGUGUUCAGACGAGUCUGUUACACACAUGUGACCCGUGGUCAGAGUAAUCUGCUACAUACCUGUGACCUGUGUUUAGGUUAAUCUGUAUCCACAGACUUUCACCGUUAAGGGAUCACAAACACAUCACAAAAGCUCAUUGAAUUAUAAAAACAAUCCAUCCUUGUCUCAUAAUAUUAUUUAAACAAUCCCGUAAUAUGUUUAAACACGUGACUCAUACAUAAUAUAAUCAAAGGCAGUCGAUUCAUAAUCACCAUUUUAUGAUUUUACGUUUGUGUCGAUAUAAUAUUUAUGUUUUUUAUGUCAAAUCAGAAAACAUGUUGGUAUACAUUUUUAUGCAACUCAAAAUGACCUUCUCGUUAUGGCUUCCAAGGGGAUAUCGUUCCAUCUCAUCACAAACAUACAUCGAUAUACCGUCUUUGCUUUUGUUUGGAAAAGGGAACAAAAUCCGUAAAGAAUCACAGGUGUUAGGGUAAGCGGCGAUUUAGUCCCGUGGUUAAAGUGAGUGAGUGAGUGAAUAUGGUUUUACGCCGCUUAAGCAAUAUUCCAGCAAUAUCACGGCGGGGGACACCGGAUACGGGCUUCACACAUUGUAUCCAUGUCGGGAAUCGAACCCG